AUAUACACACACACAUAUAUAUAGUAAGAAUACGUACGGCCGGUACGUACAAAUAUAGGUUUGGUUUUCUCGAUCAAGUUUGCACAACUAGCUAGCUAGUAAUAUAUAUUAAGAAAUUAAUUAAGAUCAAUGGGAAAAUCAGUUACUAGUGUCGAAAAGAAGAUGAAGAAACAAAACAAUAGUAAUUUGACCGGAUUAGGCGUUGGGGUGAAGAAAGGGCCAUGGACACCUGAGGAAGACCGGAAGCUACUCUCCUACAUUCAACAAUUUGGCCAUGGAAGUUGGCGCUCUUUGCCCGCUAAAGCUGGACUAAAAAGAUGUGGAAAGAGUUGCCGAUUGAGAUGGACAAAUUACUUGAGGCCAGAUAUCAAGAGAGGAAAGUUUAGUUUGGAAGAAGAAAGGACCAUUAUUCAACUUCAUGCUCUUCUUGGUAACCGAUGGUCAACAAUUGCUGCUCACUUGCCAAGAAGGACAGAUAACGAGAUCAAGAACCACUGGAACUCACACAUCAAGAAAAGGAUGACCAAAAUGGGUAUUGAUCCAAUGACCCACAAGCCAAAGAGUGGCACCCAACUCCUGGGUGCCAACCUAAGCCACAUGGCUCAAUGGGAGGCUGCUCGACUCGAGGCAGAAGCUAGACUUGUUCAAAAACCGCCAAAGAACAACAACCAAAACCAACAACUACCCUAUCUUGUUUCACAUUCUUCUUCUUCUAUUAUCAAUGAGCUCCAAAAACCACCUCAUCCACAAUGCCUUGAUGUGCUUAAAGUAUGGCAAGGAAACUUAUGGUCAAAUUACUCUAUCAACAAUGAGAGUCUUCAAUCACUCAUCUCCACGGCCUCGAAUGCUUCAUCAAUUUCGGUACCACCACCACCCGUCAUGUCACCAUUGAAUCAUAUCGAAAGUAAUAAUAAUAAUAAUAAUAAUAAUAAUAAUAAUAAUAAUAAUAAUAAUAAUAAUGGUUCAUGCGAUAAUCAAGGUCCUACAAUGAAUAUUAAUGAUAUAAUAAUGGAAACAAAAAUGGGGCCCUUGGAGGAUAUCAAGUACUCUAAUGAUCAAAAGUUCACCAAUGGGGAUCCUUUGAAAUCCCCAGAUUUCUGGGAAGAAUUUGUCGAUCUGUUGGAUGGUGGUUGGAAUAGUCUAACCAGUAAUUUCGCUAUCAUUUCUUCACCACCAGCUUCCCCUGUAGUCUUCUAA